UUUUCUCCAACGCUUCUACACUCUUCACUCUGAAUCUUUAGCCGUCUCUCUUUCAAAGACCAAAACAGCUUGUUUUGAUAAUCUAGGGAUUCCCUACAGCCAUGGAUUUCUCCACCCUUUCCAGAAGAGAGCUCCAGACUCUGUGCAAGAGGAACAAACUCCCAGCCAACCUCACCAAUGUCGCCAUGGCCGAUUCUCUCAAGAAUCUCAAACUCGUGGAAGGAAUUGAAGAGUUGCUGAAUCAAUCUCCACAGAAAACAAUGAACGGCUCACUAAGUAUCCCUCGCACUGCUGCAAGAACCUCCGCUCGAAGAAGGCCAAUCACUGAAGAGCCAGAAAGCUCACAGCCAUUGACACGCAAUCACCGGGGCGGGACAAGGAGAGCAGUUGCUGAAGAGGUGGUGGACCUGGAAAUGGCCGAGGUGGUGCCUAAGACUCCUGCCGCACCAAGGACUCGGAGUAGGGCUCCAGCUGCUUCUGCUCGCCAAAAGACAGAGACCCAGAAGGAGACAGCUUCCGUGCAGAAGAGCGUGUAUAACACGAGGCGAUCCGUGAGGCUGCUGGAAAAGACCAUGGCUAACUUGAGCCUGGGGUAUGAGAACAGUAUGCCUCUUAAGAUGAAUGAACUUUCCUCUGAAAUCAACAAUGAUUUUGAGAAGACGGAUGUCUCAGUUGAUGAGGGGUCUAAUAUGCAGACAGUAUCGGAGGCGAACUCAGAGAGAGUUGAUGUUUCUGAAGUUCCACUGGAGAAUGAAGGGCAGUUGAACGGUGAUGCGGAGGAAAAUAGCAAGGCCGACGUGAUUGAAGUAGAUGAUUUCGAGCAAAAAUCUGAACCGGAAGCUGAGGUAUCUGAAUCAGAGGCAGCCUUAGAUGACAUUGUGGUUUCAGAAGUUACGGAUGCAGCAUAUGACAAGAAACCUAAUGAUGAAGAAACAGAAAACUCUUUGGCCGCCAAAGUUUCUGAUGACGUUUCUGCUGAGGGCAUGGACCAUUCUAUUGCUGCUGAGAAACCGGAAGAUGACAUCACUACGGUGGAGGAUCAAAAUCUUGAGAACGACGAUUCUGACUCGAAAUCUGCCGCUGGGGAGACUGGAGACGUUAAGGAUGUGGCUAAUGUAGAAGAAGCUGAUAAGCCUGAGCCAUUGACUCUGAGCUUGUCUGGUGACCAGCAGCCUAUGCUUAGUGGCAAGGACUCAACGUAUGAGGUGGCAGAGGCGGAUUAUAACGAGAAAUUCGAUUUUGAAUCAGACUCGAUCAAGGAUGGAGAUUCUGGUGACAGCACUGAAGGAGAAUUUAGUGAAGAUGAACCCACGGAUGAAAACUCAGUUGAGUGUGAUAAGUUCGAUUCGGAAACAGAAUCCAUGACAGAAGAUGGUUCUGAUGAUGCCGUCGCUGAGGAAGGAGAAAAAUUUGGUGAUGAAAGUUUGGUUGGUGCUAGUAAUGUGACUAAAGUAGCAGAAGUUGUGGUCAAUAACUCUGAAGUUGAUGUUUGUGUAGAAGGCGACCCAGCUUUGGACAAGGCUCCAACAUUGCCACCCUCGGAAUCUGAGCAGCUUCCGCUUCAGUUUCCCCGUCCAACUCUCUCAAAACCCGGGAAGUCUCCAGGCAAGAAGCGAUCGGAAGUCACGAGCUACAUCUUCGAUGACAAUGAGGAAAACAUUGAUGAUGGCAGUGACAAUGGCGGAGUUGAGGUCAAGAGAGACGCGGAUGCCACCGACAAGGAUAGCGUGGCGAGUGGAUUGGAGGCUAAGAGUCUAAGGCAGCUAAGGAAAAUGCUGAAAAGUCAAUUGAAGAUCAAGACAGAAGAUAAGAUGGUAGAGAAGCCAAGAACUGCGUUGCAGGAAGUAGCAGAGAACCAAAUGGCAGGCAAUGGGAACUGAAACAGUCAUUUACAUGAUUAUUUUGGAUUUUAUGGUUAAACCUUGGUUUGCCUCCUUAUAGAGAAGCUUUUGGGGGUUUGUUGUACUUGAGAGUGUUUUAAGUAAUAAUAAAUGAAAACUAAUGAAAAUGUCUAAUAACGCUCACCCACCCAAUCAUGUGAUUGUGGGCUUGAAAUUUGUCAUUUUUGCUUACAAA